AAUCAAACGAGAAGCUAAAAACCCAAAAACUAUGAAUGAAUAAGUCAGCAUUUCACACUAAAGCGCGUGAGUAUGUGCUCGGGAAUCGUUUGACGCAAACUGUUAAGUCACACGAUAGUAGUUAGUAUCUUCUUUCACACACAGAUGUGAAUCCAAGCGGCGUUUUGAUGCAGCAAACAAAAAUGAACGGCUUACCUGCGCUGUAGGGGUGUAAACCGUAAGAAAUCAAAAAGUAAAAAACAACUCAGAAUUAAAGUAGGUUUUUACGCGUGACCAACAAAAUUUUGCCCACAUUUAACAGCUUGAGCGAAGCGUAUAAAAUUUGGUUCACUAAUUCUGGGAAAUCUCAUGUGAAUUUGCUUGUGGCAAGAGAGGUGGAGGAAAAAGAAAAGAAGAAAAAAUUCAAAAAAAAAAAAAAUGAAUUGGGAGCAUACGUAAAACCCCAACAACUGGUGCUAUGUUCGAUAUGUGAGAGUGAGCACAAAAAAGCACCGUCAGCUUGGAGCCGAAUGUGGCUCCCCAACGGUGCUUAUCAAUUGCUUUGGCGAAGACGAGAGAGCCUACUCUGGCAUGCUGUUGAGCGUAGUGUGAAGCUUUUUGUUUGGUUUCUGAUGAAAUUCAAUGGAAGCGCAAUCGACGGCGAGAGCACUGGUAUAAAAGCGGUUGCACAGCAGCUACGGAACAUUCAUUGUGAAAUUAAAAAUCAAAAUUGAAGCAAGUCAAAAGAGCGCUUGAACGGAAUAAAUUGCAUACGCGUUACUACACUAGCCAAGUGAAAGCAUAGCGAAAAGAAUUUCAUAACAAAUUGUGAUAAAGCAAAAGCAAAAACAAAAGAGACAUUUUUAUAAAGAAAAUUGCAGUGAUAAAAAAAACAGCAAAAACAAACACACCCCACAAAAAAGCAAACAAUAAAAGAGGGUCAAAAGUACACAUUUUCAAAUCAAAGUAAAAGCAAAAAAGUGCUUAAGAACACUAACAAACAACAACAACAACAACAACAAAAAGAACUCAAGCAACAAGUGCCGAUAAAAGUGAAAACAUUGUCAAAGUCAAAGACAAUCGUGUUCGAGUGGAAAUCGGAACUGUUACCAAACGGCCAUAAGCAACAAUUAACGUCGCCAGCGACAAUUACUACUUCAACCGUUAGUACCAACAACAGCGUGAAAAUUCCGCCAUACGCGCAACAACCCAUCUAUCAAACACACACAUACAAAAUGGUUGUAGACGAAGCACGCAUUCAGCAUUAUCAAAACACCAAAGUCAUGAGCGACAUCAAUCUGGGCCAACAUCUCGAGGCCAUCAAUGAUAAAGCCACAAAGCAAAUGGAUUAUUCAAAAAUUGGGCGUACCGUUAAGACAGCACUGCUGAAGGCACAAGCUGAGUCCCGUGUCAUUGUAGGACUCAGCGCCGCCAUUCAAGUGCUUUCCAAGUCACCAGAGGGUUCACUCUUCUGCCUGAUGGCCGUGCCACAAAUUGGCGACUCUGCCACGCACAUGCAUGAGGUGCUGCUAGAAGCCUUCUGCUACGAGAAUGACAUCUAUGUCAUCAAAGUUGAUUGCCCCACCAAGCUGAGCCGUAUUCUGGGCAAAACCGAGGUAGAAUCUUGCUGUCUGGUGCAGAAGACAUGGACCGGUGCCGCCGAUGAGGACAACGAGGAACAGCUGAAUAAGCAAGAAGCAAUGUUGGUCGACUACUGCGAGGCAUUUUGGGAUGCACCACAACAUCCAAUUGUCGAUUUGCCGGUCGUGUGA